AUGGGCAAGGAGAAGAAGCACAUCAACCUCGUCGUCAUCGGGCACGUCGACAACGGGAAGUCGACGCUGACGGGCCACCUCAUCUACAAGUGCGGCGGGAUCGACCAGCGCACGAUCGACGAGUACGAGAAGCGCGCGACGGAGAUGGGCAAGGGCUCCUUCAAGUACGCGUGGGUCCUCGACCAGCUCAAGGACGAGCGCGAGCGCGGGAUCACGAUCAACAUCGCGCUCUGGAAGUUCGAGACGAAGAAGUACAUCGUCACGAUCAUCGACGCCCCGGGCCACCGCGACUUCAUCAAGAACAUGAUCACGGGGACGUCCCAGGCCGACGUCGCGAUCCUCGUCGUCGCGGCGGGCCAGGGCGAGUUCGAGGCCGGGAUCUCGAAGGACGGCCAGACGCGCGAGCACGCGACCCUUGCGAACACGCUCGGGAUCAAGACGAUGAUCAUCUGCGUCAACAAGAUGGACGACGGCCAGGUCAAGUACUCGAAGGAGCGCUACGACGAGAUCAAGGGCGAGAUGAUGAAGCAGCUCAAGAACAUCGGCUGGAAGAAGGCCGAGGAGUUCGACUACAUCCCGACGUCCGGCUGGACCGGGGACAACAUCAUGGAGAAGUCCGACAAGAUGCCCUGGUACGAGGGCCCGUGCCUGAUCGACGCGAUCGACGGGCUCAAGGCCCCGAAGCGCCCGACCGACAAGCCCCUCCGCCUCCCGAUCCAGGACGUCUACAAGAUCUCGGGCGUCGGGACCGUCCCCGCGGGCCGCGUCGAGACGGGCGAGCUCGCGCCCGGGAUGAAGGUCGUCUUCGCCCCGACGUCCCAGGUCUCGGAGGUCAAGUCCGUCGAGAUGCACCACGAGGAGCUCAAGAAGGCCGGGCCCGGGGACAACGUCGGCUUCAACGUCCGCGGGCUCGCCGUCAAGGACCUCAAGAAGGGCUACGUCGUCGGGGACGUGACGAACGACCCGCCCGUCGGCUGCAAGAGCUUCACCGCCCAGGUCAUCGUCAUGAACCACCCGAAGAAGAUCCAGCCCGGCUACACGCCCGUCAUCGACUGCCACACCGCGCACAUCGCGUGCCAGUUCCAGCUCUUCCUCCAGAAGCUCGACAAGCGCACGCUCAAGCCCGAGAUGGAGAACCCGCCCGACGCAGGCCGCGGCGAUUGCAUCAUCGUCAAGAUGGUCCCCCAGAAGCCCCUGUGCUGCGAGACGUUCAACGACUACGCGCCCCUCGGCCGCUUCGCCGUCCGCGACAUGAAGCGCACCGUCGCCGUCGGGAUCAUCCAGGAGAUCGACAAGGAGGAGUUCAAGCCCCCCAAGGGCGGCAAGUGA